AUGGGUACAUUUCCAACCAGAGGCCGCCUCAACCGCAGUAACGAAUCUGAUCUUGAAUCAGACUGCUCCUGGUCAAGUACAGCUGCUACGCGGGAUAGCGAAUCGCCGGAACGGCCUCUGAGCCCUACAGCAAACAUUGGUUUCGAAUGGAUAAGAAUGCGAUGGCAUAACCUCGAGAUAGAUUUGUUGAGGAUUGGUGCCCAAUUCGAGAGCAAGUUGAAACGCCAGGACAGGACCUAUACUUUCAAAUCCUAA